ACAAUGAAUCCAAAGAGCGGUCGGAAGUCUCCUUCACUGUAAGAGAGAGAGAGAGAGAGAGACAGAGAGCUCUCAACCCGCCAUAGCUGAGCUUCCCUUUUUUCCUUUCCUUCAUUUCUUCUAUACCACCCUUGAAAACCCCUCUCUAACUGAAAUGAACCCUCAAGCUGACAAUGAGCGGAAGGAGUUUCAGGUCGGUUGCACACCGACGGCAGAUUCCACGGCGAGGCACAAUUCAGGAGGAGGAGGAGGUGCGAGGUAUAAGCUGAUGUCACCGGCGAAGCUUCCGAUCUCGAGGUGUAACGACAUAACGAUUCCUCCGGGGAUGAGUCCGACUUCGUUUCUGGAAUCUCCUGUUUUCAUCUCCAACAUCAAGCCAGAACCUUCCCCUACUACUGGUUCUUUGGUCAAGCCCCGGCCAGUGCAUGUGAACUCAAGUUCUUAUACAGGAAGGACAUUCCAUCAGAAUACCUUCACCGAGUACAAGUCUACUGAAUUUGAAUUCAGACCUCCUGCAUCCAACAUGGUUUAUGCAGAGCUUGACAAGCAUAGAAGUGAGCCACCAGUACAGGGCCAUGGAUCCUCCUCACACUCACCUUCUUCCAUCAGUGAUGCUGCUGCAGCUUCCUCAACCAACCUAAGCCGGGCAGCUCCUCCUGUUCAGACGCCACCAACCGGAUCUGAUCAGGAUGAAACAGUCCAGACAUCUCAAAAUGACUCCAGAGGAAGCACGCCACCAGUCUUGGCCGAUGAUGGUUACAACUGGAGAAAGUAUGGUCAAAAGCAUGUCAAAGGGAGUGAGUUUCCGAGAAGCUAUUAUAAAUGUACACAUCCUAAUUGUGAAGCGAAGAAACUAUUUGAAAGGUCUCAUGAUGGGAAGAUCACUGAUAUUAUUUACAAGGGCACACAUGACCAUCCUAAACCUCAACCUGGUCGCCGAAACUCUGCUGCACAAGAAGAAAGGGUAGAGAAGGGCGUCUACAACUUGUCUCAAGCCAUUGAACAAACUGGUAAUAACAACCCUGAAGUACCUCUGACAACUGAAGAUGGUGGAGAAGUUAAAGAUGACCUGGAGGAGGAGGAUCCAUUUACAAAACGGAGGAGGUUGGAUGGGAGCAUGGAGAUAACAACUCCACUUGUGAAACCUAUCCGGGAGCCUCGUGUUGUUGUUCAGACUCUGAGUGAGGUCGACAUACUUGAUGAUGGUUAUAGGUGGCGUAAGUAUGGUCAGAAAGUCGUCAGAGGAAACCCCAAUCCCAGGAGCUAUUACAAGUGCACGGCUCCUGGAUGCCCAGUGAGAAAACACGUGGAGAGGGCAUCACAUGAUCCAAAAGCUGUAAUAACAACAUACGAAGGCAAACACAGUCACGACGUUCCCACUUCAAAGUCUACCAACCACCAUGACAUCCAGCCUCGGUUCAGACCAGAUGAAACAACAGACACCAUCAGCCUCAAUCUCGGUGUAGGAAUCUCCUCUGGUGGACCUGACCACACUUCCAGCGAACGUAAUCAACAACUCAUCAACCAAACUCACCCAAAUGGAGUCGGUUUCAGGUUUGUUCAUGCUGCUCCCGUGUCAUAUUACCACGUAAGCUUAAACAGCGGAAUCUAUCAGUAUGGCUCGAGAGAAACACAGAACGAGACUCGAAAUGGUGAUGUCUCGUCCUUGAACCAUUCAUCUUACCAGUAUUCACAUAACAUUGGGAGAAUACAAUCGGGUCCUUAGAAAGAUACAUGAAGCAAACAGUAUUGGAUUCUUCUUAGGUUAGUAAUGAGACCUUGUUCUAUAUAGUUUCUCUUUCUAUACGGAGAGCUGAUCUUGAUUUUUAAACUAUAUAUAUAUAUAUAUUUGUAUGUGUUGUGCUCCCAAAAAAUGUAUUGUACAAAUACACAAGGGUAAUGCUUUUUUGUUAAACAUGUAAGAAACAU